CUGACACGGUCUUACAGCUCACCUGCUCUUGAUCAUCUAAGUUUCCAGGAAACCCGCAAUGAUGAGCUUGGAAGUUCAAUUAAGGUACAGCUCGAUAUGAUCUUGGAAGAAAUAAUUAAAAAGAAAAGCAAAGGCCAUCUCUCGCUUCGAUUAUUCCACUUCUUGAAGCAUGUGCCACGUGAAGAAAGUGCGAUGGCCAUGACCUCAACAAUAGAAAAGAUUUUCAAACUGAGAGCGAAUUACUUGCUGGUAUACAACGAUGAAGUCAAGCAAACAUUGGACGGCUUAUUUGAAAAUUUAAGAUUCUCUACGUAUACGCUUGAGAUGAUUGAUCAUAUUUCGCAGAGCUACCUGAGCCCGCAUGGGUUGCUCGCAUUAUUUGGUCCUCCACUACCCAGCUGGGAGGCAUCCGAGAGACACAGUAACUUUGGCCCUCGACUUGCCCAUUAUUUUGUCCACGGCUUCUCAAACCUUUUGCAGUUACAUUGCACCGAAGAACAGCGGGAUGAUUUCAAGAGUCAAGUGAAAAUGAUUGAUCAAGCAGUUCAAGAAAUUCAGAAGGCAGUCUCUCAAGCAACUCCUCAAACCAGACAUCCCUCUUCUCAUUAUGGAGGACAAGGUUUCUCUGCCUAGGUCACAAUGAACAUCCAUCUGGAUAUUCAUAUAAGAUUCAUGCAUGACUCAAUUUGUUGAUUUCUCUCUGGGUUGGCAAACUCUUCAGAUUCUUUUCAAGAGCUUUUUUGUCAUGUCAAAAU